GCAGCAUCCCCUACGUCCCAGACUGGCUUUCCACAGUCGGCAUUCACCAGCCCCAACGCAUACCUCCCUCAAUAUCCGGCUUCAGCCAGCUCCCCAUCGUCUAUCGGCAAUGCCCAGGCGUCCUUGAACGUGCAGACAAAUGGCAGCAACUUCAUUCCUCAACACAUGCAGUUACCCGUACAGCAACAGCCUCCACUACGGGUCUCUGAAAUGACGAGUCGAUUUCACCAACUUCCAAAGGAGCUAGCGCAGAGCAGCCUCAAUCCGACCAAGAGGCCUCGGAACGGGACCGAGUUUGCCGAGCACAGGCCAACAAAUUCGCAAGAUGACGGAGAUCAAGGGGCCGACGGGAAACAAAAGAUCGGCGGGGCUUGUUCUCGUUGUAGAGGAUUGAAGGUGAAAUGCUUGUUCACCGGCAAUAACGAGUCGUGCAAACGUUGUACGAGUGCGAAUGCCGAGUGCAUCAUUCCUGGACGAAAAAAGCGCCGUCCUCCCCCGAAACGUGAACAUCUGCUCAACCAGAUCCGCGACCAGGCGAAUCAGAUCCAGCAGUUGAUGCAAAAACUCGAGGUCACGAACAAGCAGGGCGGCACCUCCGUCGCUAGCCCCGCCAGAAGCCCUAAUGAGAUUCUUCCUCUUACUCCUUCGUCCACGUCAGAGCUUCACUCGCCGACUGCGUCGACAGGGCCCGUUGUUCCCGGACCGGAAGUCCAGGAUUGGAUUGGAAAAGCGCGUGCUUCGUUCGCGGAGUUCCAUGGUCUCGUUGGGAAGCAAGAUGACGAAGAGGGUGACGAAGAAUACGAUGGAGCCUCGAGUGACGACGAGGUCGAAAUUGUGGUGGAGUCGUCUUCGGAGGAGGAGCGCUAUGCAACAGCAGAUGAGGAUGCUGUUGACAGCGCGAAAGGGACGGGUGCCUUCCAGACCAUGGCUCGUGUCACCCGCAGUUUCCGCGGACAGAAACCCUUAAAGAAGAAGAACGAGCCUGAAGAAGAAGUAGGAGUUGCGAACGAGAAAUUCUUCAGAAAUAAAGAGCCAUUUUCGAAUGAUGAUACACCUCCGAAUGCUGAACGGGUGCCCUUCAUCCUGGCUCGUCAAAUCAUCACACCCCAAGAUGCCGAGAAUUUGUUCCAACUAUAUUUUGAUAUGAUGAACCCCUCUACCUCUCUCCUGGAUCGCCACCUUCACACCCCUCAUUAUGUUUACUGGAAGAGUCCGUUCUUGUUCACCGUCAUUUGCGCAGUAGCGUCACGAUAUUACGAGGAGAAAACUCACGUUUACCAUGAACUUAUGCGCUACGCCCAACUCGCUGCAGGUACUGCUUUAAUUGGCGACCCGAAGAACGAAGAGAUGUGCGCUGCAUAUAUUCUCCUUCAACUCUACCCUGUGCCGUCGAGGCGAUGGGGCGACGACCGGAGUUGGAUAUAUCUUGGGCUCGCCAUCCGGAUAGCUCAGGACCUGAAUCUAGACCGGCCCGUGACGGCGAAACCUGAUAACGAGCGACAUUCGCGUAUCUUGCUCAACCGGACCCGUAUCUGGAUGAACUGUUUCAACCUCGACCGAUCUACUGGGUCCCAGUACGGGAAAAAGCCAAUCAUCCCGAAUCACGAUUAUGUCGCCAGCCACAGCGAAAAUUGGUGGUACUCGUCGCCUUAUAAUUUGGAGUACUUUGACAUCCAUACAUGCGUGUAUAAUGCGGAGUUGAAGCUCAUGGCGAAUUUCUGGUCAAAGAUUUAUAGCGAUCCGUCCCACCCCACUGGGCUGAACAAGUCUGCGAACUUUGAGCAAAUAGCAUCUCAGACGGACGAUGAAAUCCAGCAGCUGCUGGCUUACUGGAUGCGCCGUCUCGAGCAAACUGACCAGACCAACCUACUGAACUCGUUCAGAACGGGCUUGUUGAAGCUCGGGUUCAGCUAUGCCCGCCUUGUGGCUCUGUCAACCGGCCUCCAGCAUGCUUCGAGCAAGACUUCGUUCGAGGACAACCCAUUCCUGUUGAGGUGCUAUGAAGCUGCCAAGUACGUCGUCGAGGGUGCAGUCAAUGAGGUCUUUUGCACACCGGAGCAGAAGAACUUCCUUCGCCAUGGCCCCGAGGCUCAGUGCAUCUUCAUCAGCUUCGCAAGUGCCUUCCUUGUCAAGUUACUCCACCCCAAAUAUGCGAUGUCGUUCAACGCCACUCAGCGAGUGGAGAUCCGUGCCCUGGUCCAGAAAGCGGUCGACUUACUUGGCUCACCUGAGGUGGUGAUCGACGAACGGCAUUUCCCAAAGCUAUACUCUCGUUUCCUUACUGGUCUUCUCAACACGCCCAUGGCCAGAGUUGAUGCACCGCUUUCACCAAACGUUGGCGUAGCUCGCCGCCGAUCCGCACGGAAGAACAAGUCCCCCUCGGGCAGACCCUCUGAGCUCGAUUCCUCCUCGGAUCAUCCCUCUCCAGGGACGAACUACUCGCUUUCCCCGUCUCCGUCGCAGUCCGCGUUUUUGCAUCCAGGCGUGAGCGACGGCCAACAACAGCCUCAGAACCUUGAUGCGACUGUGUCGCGUGCGAACCAGCACUCGGUGAACGUUGUCCAACAGUCUUCGUCGACGCCCAGUCUGUUGGGAGGGGGUGCACCGAUGAACACGUCGGACUUCUUCCAGCCGCAGCCCCCUCCGAUGUUUGACAGCGACUUCCUCGACUCGAUGGACUUCAUGGCUGAUCCUGUAUGGUCGGAGACAACCGUUCCGGGACUCACCUGGCUGAGCCAGAUGCAGACCAACACAUCGGAGUCGAUGAACAACCAAAGCUACUCGGGGUAUAACAGUACGCCGUUCGGAAAUGCGUUUUAAGGCGCUGUCUUCCGCGCUACAAUUCUUUAUUCUGCCUUAUAUAUCUUUACUUGUCUUCUCUGUAUAUGCCCAAAGUCUCGCUGUGCGACUGCUGUCUUGUCCUGGAACGCAUACCUACUCGUUAUAUCAUACAUCCCUCAAAGGAUCCUGC